GCUCACGUAAAGUAGUUCCGGGUAUCAACAGCCUGGUGGCUAAGUUAGCUGAAACGCGAUCUCCACUCCUGAUUCUUCUACAGAGUGGGUCAACAUAAUUAACGGAACAGGAUGGACGGUGAAGAGAGAACCUACGGCGGCUGUGAAGGCCCAGAUGCCAUGUAUGUGAAGUUGAUCUCCUCAGAUGGCCAUGAAUUCAUCGUGAAAAGAGAACACGCCUUGACAUCUGGGACUAUCAAAGCCAUGUUAAGUGGACCAGGUCAGUUUGCUGAGAAUGAAACCAAUGAGGUGAACUUCAGGGAGAUCCCAUCUCAUGUCCUUUCCAAGGUCUGCAUGUACUUCACCUACAAGGUCCGUUACACCAACAGCUCCACAGAAAUACCUGAAUUCCCCAUCGCCCCGGAGAUCGCGCUGGAACUGCUCAUGGCUGCCAACUUUUUGGAUUGCUAAAGUUGUAGAAAUAAUGUAGCAGCUUAAAACAGUUUUAGAUUUUUUUUUUGAAUAUUUAAAUUGUUUUGCCAUUUACGUAUAUGAAACAUGAAUGAAUAUGACACCACGAGGAGUUUGUUCAUUUUUCCUUCUUUUUUCUUUGCACCUGACUUUCUGUCAUAAUUUUAUUAGUAUUAAAGGAUUUCAUUUUAACGUAAUAAAUGGGUAUGGUGGGUUACAUCACCCACAAUGUGAUAAAUGUGCCCCAACCCCAAACAUCCUGCCUCACCUCUGCAGAUGAAUAAAGACCUGUUUGGUGAGCACA